CACACACACACACACACAUGAACAACAUGCUGCGCAGUACUCUGCUCACCUACCUCCCACCCCACUCACCACGGCAACAGCAGCCGCUGCAGCAGCAACAAGAUCACAACAGAGAGCAGCAAAAAAAAGAGGGGGCAUCGAGAGAGAAAGAGAAGGGGAGAGAGAGAGUGAGAGAGAUAGAGGCAAAAGAAAAAAUAAUUCAACCAUGUCUGACACAGAGGGGAGCUUUGACGACGGGUCUUGUGUCUGUCCACAGAGUCCCACGUCCACUUCGCCCACCUCGAAACAGCAGGACAAGGAGACAACAAUUACGAUCAACUGUGUGACAUUCCCACUGCCUCUCAACAUGACAGAGCAGCAGCUGCUGAAACCGGAUGAGUGGAGCUACUGUGACUAUUUUUGGACAGACAAGAAGGACCCCCAGGGGAACCCGUCUAUCUCGGGCUUCGAGGUUCUGCUGCAGAAACAGCUAAAGGGGAAACAGAUGCAGAAGGAGAUGGCAGAGUUCAUACGAGAGAGAAUCAAGAUCGAGGAGGAAUACGCCAAGAACCUUUCCAAGCUGUCACAGAUUCCCUUAGCAGCACAGGAAGAAGGCACUCUGGGAGAGGCCUGGGCCCAGCUGAAGCAGAGCCUAGCGGACGAGGCCGAAGUUCACCUCAAGUUCUCCUCCAAGCUGCAGAGCGAGGUGGAGAAACCCUUUCUCACCUUUCGUGACAACUUCAAGAAGGACAUGAAGAAGUUCGACCACCACAUUGCCGACCUCAGGAAGCAGCUAGCCAGCCGCUACGCAUCCGUUGAAAAGGCCAGAAAGUCUCUCGUAGACCGACAGAAAGAUCUGGAAGUCAAAACACAGCAGCUGGAAAUCAAACUGAGCUCCAAGAUCGAGGAGGACAUAAAGAAAGCUCGCAGGAAAUCCACACAAGCAGGAGAUGAAUUGAUGAGAUGUGUGGAUCUUUACAAUCAGUCACAGUCUAAAUGGUUUGAAGAGAUGGUCACCACAAGCUUGGAACUGGAGAGACUAGAAGUAGAAAGAGUGGAGAUGAUUCGGCAACAUCUGUGUCAGUACACAACGUUGCGGCACGAGACGGACAUGUUCAACCAAAGCACAAUAGAGCCAGUGGACAAGCUCUUACAAAGCGUGGAUCCAGCCAAAGAUCGAGAGCUGUGGGUGAAGGAGCACAAGACGGGACAGGCCCGACCCGUGGACAUGGAGAUAUGACCAGGGGACCCCCAGACAGCGAGGGAGGGGCGUCCAGGAGCCCCAACAGCCAAACCUGGAGGCCCUAGGAAUACUGUUAGAACAGAAACUCUAUGGAAGGCACUCCCUCUGCACAACUAACUCUUUGCACGACGGAGAGAACCCAAUGUGUGAGGAAGGUGGGUCGAAAGGGUGGGUCACGUCAAACACUUUAGCCGCCAAAGUUUGCCGAAGUGUUACUGGCUGAAGUGCUUGACUGAAUGUCCCACCCCUUCCCCUCUUCCUCUUGAGACUGUGAUGUUCCUAAGGCAUUGGAGUGUUCUAAGGGGAACGUUUGAGCACAAACCCAUCUAAGAAAUCGACUCAGGAGAAAGGACUGCUCUCACAUGAGGAGAUCACUGCAUAAUGUGGACACGCUUUAAAUACAUAUAAAAUUAACUAUGCGUCAUUGUACAGCUUAGAGGAAUUGGUUGAGAGAAUAUUUCCAUGUUGCUCUAAAACUAUACAUAUACAGUAUAUUGACAGUGUAUCACCUGGCUUAUCCAUUCAAAAGUAUUACAAACUUACUAGCUGCUGCUAAACAAAAAAUUAGGAGAAAAAAAUAUGUAUUUUUAAGACUUAUGCACCCUGCUACCAGGGCUCUCUCUUCUAUCUUCGGAGGUGACCUUACUUUGACACCUGCCACAAACAGACGUCAUUCUCUUGUUACGUGUAGUUCCUGAAUUGAGUUAUUGCCUUCUAAACAUUUUACCUUGAAGUACGUCAUAAAACACUCUCCCAUGCUGCAUCACUUACUCACAUACCCUUCAUGUGAAUGUCCUUCAGAUGCCUGUGGAAAGACUUGAGUCUCGUUGGUCUAUGGUGUCUCCUCUACAGCCUGCUUGUGUAUGCAUAUAUUUUAUUGUUUAAGGUUACCACACAAAAUUAAAAAUUUUAAAUGGUAGUUUAUGCAAUAUCCUUUUCACGAUUCAAAAGCUGGGCCUACAUUUAUUUUUGUGUUCCCUGAGAAACUUAUACAGCCUUGAUCUAAGAAUACUGUGAUAGCAUGACAUGUUACAGCUAUUGUAUUCCUGCAUACAGUAUUCUGCUGUGUCGAAUCAUCCCUUUUCACAUGUCUUUUGUAAAUACAGUACAUCUCUUGCAUUUUUAUUUUGUGAUAUUUUAAUUUAUGUCUGGUAAAGUGCACUUUCUGCCAUGGUCAUUUUCUGAAUAACAUCCUCCUCCCCCUUCAGUAUAGACAGUGAAGCUUUAGUGAAUGUGGGAUGAAAAAUUUGACUCCGUAUUAAAAGUAUUCAGUCUAUGUCUGGUACAGGAGGGCCCUUAUCAUCCCAUAGGAUCCUCGUACUCACAGUACUGACACGUGGCUGCCAGCUAUGUCAGGCUCAUGGGUAUCGUGUUGUAGUUACCAUCAAGAGUUGGGGAAUACAUGGCAAAUAAUGUGUUCUAGAGUUUCAAUUUUAACUUUUGCUAAUUAUUAUUAUUAACAAUCCCCUCAGCAUCUGACCCAGCUAUCAAUUUAUCUCAGAUUUAGUUGACAGUCUGAUUCUCUGUAAUAAGAAACAGAGUGUGUUAUUGGAAACAGUUGGUUCAGGUGUGUGCUUAGGGGUGAGAGAAGACAAGAUGUAUAGAAUUGAAGAGGUACAGAUAAUAUAUUGAUUUUAUUUUACGCAAUGCCUAUUUUUAUACUGAAUGAAAUAACACUGUUUUCUUCCACUUCAGAUAUUUAACUGGAUCCCUUUCUUUUUUUUGUGUGUCAAUAAAAUCAUCAGCUUGAGUUUUUUUUUAUUUUAUUAUUAUUGCAAGGUCUUGCCAUUAUACUUGUGGCUGUUUCAUGUUGAUGCCUAUUGUUGUGCGAAAGUGUUUACCUGCAAACUGAUUCUAAUGGAAACCUAACAAUAACGUAACUGCAAACUGUACAUAAUGACAGGAAGUAGAGAAUGUUCUGCAUUCAGGUUUUGCUUUAUACCGGAGACACAAUGAUUAAAUUCAAAGUUAAAACCACA